AUGAAAUUGUCUCUCCGAGAACAACCCCCUCCUGAUUUUUCAAAUUCUGCAUCAAGCAGUGGCCAGUCUAGAGAUGAUCAAGAGACGGGCUCUGCUGAAAUGCCAAUCAGUGAAGAUCUUCCAUUGAGGAACAAUCUAAACCAUGCCCGUGAGGUAAUUGCGGAGAUGGUGGGGACUUUCAUAUUGAUGUUUUGUCUAACUGGGAACAUAGCAAACACUCAGUUGAUGAGUGGUGAAGUGGGGCUCAUGGAAUCAGCAGCCACGACAGGAUUAACAAUUAUAGUGGUGAUUUUCUGCAUAGGCCCAAUCUCUGGUGCACAUAUUAAUCCUGCUCUUACAAUAGCCUUUGCGACAUUUUGUGGUUUUCCAUGGUCCAAGGUUCCGCUUUAUAUAUUGGCUCAAACAGUGGGAUUUGUGUUUGGAGCAUUUGUCGGGAAGUUAGUUUACGGCAUAAAAUAUGAUGUUAUGACUACUCGUCCACUCCAAGGCUGCAGUUCUGCCUUCUGGGUGGAGCUCCUCGCAACUUUCAUUAUCUUCUUCCUUGUUGCAUCUUUGACAUAUGAAGCUCCAUCUAUUGGCAAUAUAUCUGGAAUUGUUGUUGGAAUAGUUGUUGGGCUUGCAGUGUUUAUUACAGGGCCUGUUUCAGGAGGAUCAAUGAACCCUGCAAGAUCACUGGGGCCUGCAAUUAUAUCCGGGAAUUUCAAGGACAUAUGGAUAUAUAUUACUGCCCCUAUAAUAGGAGCUGUUUCAGGUGGUCUUUUGUAUCGUUUCCUACGUCUUCGACAUUCAAAUUCCUCUCAGAACACCAAUCAAUUUAGUCACUCCUUAAUGUUCUUAGGAGUUAGAGCACAAGAUGAACAUGUCUGA